AUGGAAGAUUCGCAGAGCGAGCAACAGCGGAUGAUACGCCGCCACAACCGCGAGAAGAAAGAGCUGCAGGCCCGCAUCCAGAGCAUGAAGAACUCGGUCCCCAAGAGCGACAAGAAUAAGAGAAAGCAGUUGCUCCUAGACGUGGCCCGGCUCGAGGCCGAGAUGGAGCAGAAGCACCAGCAGGAGCUGGAGAAGUUCCAGGAGGGUUUACCUGAUAACAGCAGUGUCGCUUCUGUCACUGAAGAUCUGGCCAAGAUGGAUCUGGAGAACCAGCCUCCCCGCUUCUCGAGGUCGCAAAGAAGGCGCGAAAGAAGGGCGGCCCUCGAGAGAGAGCGCCAGGAGAGGAUCGCUGAAGGCGAGACGGAGCAACUGGCCAGCUACCGCCACGACGAGGAAGAGAAGCUCCGCACCAUCCUGGGGGCCAAGAAUCUGGAGAUGAAGAAUAUCACGGCCGACGGCCAGUGCAUGUACCGCGCCAUCCAAGACCAGCUGGUGUUCUCUGUGACCGUGGAGAGCCUCCGGAAGCGCACCGCCGACUACAUGCGGAAGCACAUUGAUGAAUUCCUGCCCUUCUUCUGCGACACCGAAACCGGCAACGCCUACAGCCGCGACGACUUCUUGGGUUACUGCGACGACAUCGUGGGCAACCUGUCGUGGGGAGGCCUGCUCGAGCUGAGGGCCCUGUCACAUGUCCUGCAGACCCCCAUCGAGGUGAUCCAGGCCGAAUCGCCCGCUCUCGUCUUCGGGGUGGAGUACACCAAGAGACCGCUCACCCUGGUCCACACGCGCUACUCCUGUAGCCUCGGGGAGCACUACAACUCGGUGAAGCCGCUCGAGGCCGGCGCCGUCGGGGGCGUGGCCCCACGUCUCUUCUAG